AUUGCAGUAUACGACUUGACCAGUCCCCUCCAGGGAUGUGAUGUGUGGCCAGCGGUCCCGCACCUCCAACAGUUCUUAUUUGCUCCUCUCUCCUUAUACUCUAGGCCGGUGAAGCUCUAGAAUCACAGUCACAAGACCAGAAACUAUUUAUCAGAGACCGAGGAACGCUCCUGGGCCGGGAUUCCCAGUCACGGAAUUGAAUGCAACAAUUUCCAGCACCAUGAAGCGACCAUAUUUUCAAGAGAGGACCCUGCCGGCCAGGGUCGAGAAGUAUAUGAAUGAAAAUAAAUAUAUUGAUGUGGAGGAGAUGACAGACUACCUGGUCAACACUUAUCGGGAGUUUCGAGGCAAAAAUAAAAAGGCCUUCAUGAAGAGUGUUGAGAAAGCCUAUGAGUGGCAGCUGUACUGUUGUCAGCAGACUGAAGACACAAGUGAUAUUGAAGAUAUAAUGGAUAGUGAUGGAGGAGGGCCAGAUAUCAUGGAAAUCAUUGAUCCUGAACCCCCAGCUAAGGCUAAUGGUUUGAACACCAUGCUGACAAAGAUGUACAAGUCGCCAGCAGUUUCAUCACCUGCUUCAAAACACAAAAUUUCGGCAAGGGCAAGUCAAGAUUUCUUUGUGUUGGACACUAAUGGUGAUCUUGGAACCAUGUCUCCUGAGAAAAGUAUUAAGAAGAAACGAAAAAAAGAUAAAGAAGGUGACAUAGAAGAAAUAAUCAAGAGGAAAAAGAAAAAGCAAUUGCUUCCAGAACAACCUACCAUAACAUUUGCCAAUAUGGCAGGAAUAGAAUCUCUGAAGGAUCAAAUUUGUGACCUUAUUGGCAAUCUUAAGUGGCCAGGUAUUCUGCAACCUCUUCAGAAGUCAGUUCUAAUAACAGGACCAUCUGGCAGUGGUAAAACAACCUUUGCUCAGGCUCUGGCUGGGACAACAGAAUCGGCCAUUCUUCGGGUCACAGCAACAGAGUUAGUGGGAGGGGUUUCUGGAGAGAGUGAGGAGAGGAUUAAUGAAAUAUUUGAACAGGCAGCCUCUCUUUCCCCUUGUGUACUUCUUAUUGAGAAAAUAGAUGUUGUUGCACCAAGAGAAGGAAACACGAAGAGCUUGGAAAAGAGAAUUGGGACUCAGCUUGCCUCCUGCUUAACCAAUUUAAAAAGUAAGCACAAAGACAAACAGGUUAUAGUCAUUGGAGAAACCAGUCGCCCAGAAAAUUUAGACUGGGAUCUUCGUAGCAGCUUUGAUGGAGAAAUGUUCAUGGCUAUACCAACAGAGAUUGCCCGUGCACAAAUACUCCAGCUGUUAUGUAAUGAAGCAUUAUUUGUUGGUGAUUUUGAUGAAUUAGCCCAUAGAACUCCAGGGUAUGUAGCUGGAGACCUGAGGAAGUUGUUGGAAAAGGCUCAGAGCUUGGCAUGGAAAAGAAAAAAAGAUUUAUUGUAUGGUGACACAGUAGGAAGCUUAAUGGAGCAAGUAAGAAGUUUCAUAAACCAUUUUGAAAAAAUGUGUGAAACAGAGAAAGUUAAUUCAAUGGCUACAAUCAACAUGGAAGAUUUCUUGGAAGCCUUAAUGCACAUCACUCCUGCACUGAAGAGAGAGGGCUUCCCGACAGUGCCAGAUGUUACAUGGCAGGAUAUUGGAGGUCUUGAGGAGAUCAAAAGAGAACUGCGAGAAAAAAUUCUUGAGCCCAUCCAAUAUUCGAAAUUACAUGAAGAAUUUGGAGCAAGUCGCCCCAAUGGAAUCUUGAUGUGGGGUCCUCCUGGAUGUGGAAAGACCUUGCUGGCCAAAGCUGUUGCAAAUGAGGCAGGCAUUAAUUUGUUGCCAAUAAUGGGACCGGAGCUUUUAAAUAUGUAUCAAGGCGAGAGUGAAAGAGCCGUACGAGAAGUAUUCAAACGUGCACGCAAUGUGGCCCCAUGUGUCAUCUUCUUUGAUGAAUUUGAUUCACUCUGUCCAGUCAGAAGUAAAGGAGCUGAAAGUGGCAGUAAAACCACCAUAGUAAACACACUACUGACGGAGAUGAAUGGAUUUACAAAGCGAGAGGAUGUUUAUGUUAUAGCCGCUACCAAUCGUCCCGACAUUCUUGAUCCAGCAGUAACUCGGCCGGGAAGGUUUGACACACUUCUAUAUGUAGAUGUGCCUGAUCAUCUUGGAAGAGUGUCAAUUUUUCAGGCUCGAACAAAGAAUGGGACAUGUCCUCACUUGGCCUCCGAUGUCGACCUUGAGGAAGUGUCCCGUCUCUGCGACAACUUCUCGGGUGCUGACUGUGACCAGUUGGUGUACUUAGCCAGCAAGGAAGCCAUCAGAGAGGUGAUACACAACUCUGCAGCUUGCAUACCACCAACAACUCCAGCAGCAAUAAAUAAUGAACCUGCAGUACAGCGCUUUGUUGCAAAGAGACAUUUUGCUGCUGCACUUAGAAAGAUUAAACCAUCAGUAACAUUGGAGGAACAAAAGCGAUAUAAGAAGCUGCACAGCAAAUUGGAGGCAUCCAAAGUGCGUGGAGAACUUCCAGGAUUUCCUGAUGAUGUAAGUUCACUUGCUGGAAAUAUAGAUGAACAGUUGCAGUUCACAGAGGCUGCAGAUAACAACGUACAAUAAAUGGUAGACUAAACAAAAAAUAAAGUGAUACAUUUA